AAAACCCGGCUGAAAACUAUAUCUCCAAACAUUUCCAAGUUGGAGAAUCUUGAGUGUCUUGGUCUGAGUUUCCGUGAUUUUGGUCAGCUUAAUAAUAUUGGUCGUCUUGAAGCAACAAUCGAGUGGGGGCCUGACUUGAAGCGGCGUUGGAGAUUACGAACAGACUUCAGAGUUGACGACAUUUUUCCGAUGUGUCUACCUAAAAAGGCUCUUACAUCUCCUAUAUCAUUACGUUUCGGCUGUGAUGGUCUCAAGACUAUUCCAGAUUGCAUCGGACGUCUCUCCGGACUAAGUAAGCUUGUCGUCACAAGAUGCGUCAAGCUCGUAGCACUUCCACAGCUUCCAGGUUCCCUUCUAUCUAUAGAAGCAGAAUGUUGUCUAUCCUUGAAAAGAAUAGACUCUCCUUUUCAAAAUCCAAAUAUUUGCCUAAACUUUACUGACUGCUCCAACCUGAAUCCAGAAGCUAGAAAGCUCAUCCAGACAUCAGCUUGCAAAUUUGCGUUCUUACCUGGUCAAGAAGUGCCUGCACACUUCCCUCACCAAUCUACUUCACCAUCUCUAACGAUCAAUUUGACUCCAACACCUCUACCUUCAUCCUUCAGAUUCAAGGCUUGCAUCUUGCUGUCAUAUGUAUAUAAGCCAUCUUCCGGAUUCAAAGAUCACAAUGAUGAAGAGGGUGAUAAUUCAUUGAUGGGUAUGUCUUAUCGCGUCAGGGGUAAACAUAAUGGACGCACUGUCCAAUAUGUAUCAGACCAGCUCCAUAUGCCACAUCUAUGCAUAAAUCCAAAGCAUCUGUAUAUUUUUGAAGAUUCUUUCUCUCUAAACCAGGACUGCCUUGAAGCUGGAGAAACCAUUUUCAACGAGCUUUCUUUUGUGUUCAUAGUCCGUGAUAAAACCUGUAAGGUCUUAGGCUGCGGUGUACGACUUUUGGAGGUACCUUCUUGACAGAAAUGUAGAUUAUGAUGUUGAUGAUGAUAAUGAUGGUGACGAAGAUGAAAUUGAUGAUGAUGGUGAAGGUUCUGACUGUCUCAACCUGAAUCAGAAAGGCAAAAAGAUCAUCCUACAAGAUGAACAGAAUGGCCUCAGUGUCUCAUAUGGAUCAACCCAGCGGUGGUCUGUUAGAAAGCUUUAACUUAGAACACUUUAUUGUUCUUAGUCAUUGCUUCUUACACGAAUGAGGUUAAGCCUUGUGUAGGUACUGGAAAUUGUCAUUUUGUUAGAUUUUCUGAUUCCGUGCAAUGCAGUUUUCCAAGAAGAGAAGCUCAAUCUCAACACCCGUGGAACAACCAGUGAGAGUCUCUCCUCUCUGUCUGCUAUCUACCGCAGUCAAGAACAAGGAUUUGAUUUACGAAGUGAACAAUAAAAUCAUCACAAAAGCACAUGGGCUUCUUUGUUGUGACAUGGAUACAAGAAGAGGUUGAUUCAAACAAAGUACAAGUCUUUUCACGUGCAUUUGCUCCCGUGCAUUUCAGGAAAGGAGAUUGGAGAAGCGGAGGAACCAUGUCAUAUGGAGACACUGCCUGAUUUUGGUGUCUCUCUGGUUCCAUCAGAGACAUGGGAACAUACAAACCGUCUCUUUACUACUCGAAACUUUCAAAGAUGGUUAAACUGAAACUGUUGAACAUAACGGCUACGGCUGCUCAAAGAAACAAUGGCCACCCAUCAUUGUACUACCUGGGCUCAGCUGGUUCUGCACCAUUCCACAGGCAAGACUGCAGCCAUUGGUGUCUCCCUGGAGUUCCUGAUUUGUGGAAUGAGCUUCUUUUUGCGUUGUUUCUUAAGCAUGAAGGUUAGUCAAGACCAAACAGUUGCGAUUCAUAUAACGUCUUUUAGUAAACAUCUUCUCGUUCUUGUAGUUUGAUAGGGUGAUUAGGUUAAUUGGGUGGGGAUAUGUAAUUACUCAUUACGUUAUAAAUCAUAUUUGGUUGUAGUUUACAACUUGUAAAAUACAUCUCAUUACCUUCAAAGAUUUGAAUGACUUCAUUUGUUAACAACAUGCCACUAGAAGCAAA